GACACCCUGGCCCAAGUCUGUAGUGACCUCUCUUCCUCAGGGCCAGAGAUGAGAAAUCUGUAGUGGGGAAGAGAGUCACUAAAAGCAGCCCACGCAGCCUUGCCUCUUUGGGGGCAGGAGACCUGCGUUCGAGGCGCAGCUCCACCACACUUGUAACAAGGUUAGCCUGGCCAACACACUCACUGAGCACCCAGGCUGGACUGGCAUUUUACACCACAGUCCCCUUGAACGCUCGCUCAUCUCCAUUUUACGGUUCAAGAAACUGAGGAAUUUGGCCAGUGUCACAGAGCCGCCAAAUGGCAGAGCAAGAAUUCCAAUCUGUGUCAGGUCCCAUACACUCAUACAACCUGGGUCAGGCGCACACGAAACUGCGGAAAUUUCGGGAGUUCCCGCACCCUGGUAGGCACACCAAGACCGCCUACAUUCUUACCUACACGCCUGUCCACAAAACACACUCAGAUGUACUCAGAUGUACCAGGAAAUUCAGCAAGCGCGUGUCUGCAGUUGCGCAGCCGCGCGGGGACCCGCAGCUUUCCCGAGGUUAACGAAGCCGGUUCACUCCUCCCCGCCUCCGGACAACCAGACCAAACGGUCUGGAGAACUACAACUCCACAGUACACCCUUCUCUUCCCAACCGGAACGGCCGGAGCGCACAGCUUCCUGGAACUUGUAGUUUUACGCAGAACGCUGACUUCCGCUCGUGCCCGGCUUCGGCCCACGACUCGGUGUCCCAGCAUGCCGUGGAACCGGAAGGGUAUCCCUCAGCUGCCCGGGGCGCGCAGGCGCAGCAGUGCUGUUUGUCGGCGCCUGGGAAGGGAGGGGGUACGCUCGCAGCCAAGACCAAGACCGAGGCCGAGCCGGAGCUGACAAGAUUUGACCGGGGCCCGGAACUAGGCUCCAUCCCCGCGCAGACCGCAGGGCUCCCGAGUGGAUGGAAUAGGCCGAGCCCUGAGAUCAACGCCCGCCCGGUCAGCUUGGCGCGGGGCCCACAGGGUGGGCAGGCCGGCCGGCAGGCAGGCGUGCCGAAGCCUCCCAGGGCCUUCGCUCGGGUCCCCGGGAGGGGCCUAGGUCCCGGGCCCUCUAACAGGCCCCGCUCGGCCCUUUGGACCGGAGCCAACCCGACCAGAAGUGGAGUCUUCACCGGGGCCAUAGGCCAGUGACUAGGCUAGGCGCGGGCCUCCCGUCGGGGCCGGACUGGGACGAGGCCCCGGGGAGGCCCCUAACACACUAGACCCUUCCCUCAGGCCGACGCCCUUCGGGAAGAUGCAGCGCGCCCUACCGGGCGCCCGCCAGCACUUGGGGGCCAUCCUGGCCAGCGCCAGCGUGGUGGUAAAGACCCUGUGCGCGGCAGUACUCUUCCUCUAUCUGCUGUCCUUUGCCGUGGACACGGGCUGCCUGGCGGUCACCCCAGGCUACCUCUUUCCGCCCAAUUUCUGGAUCUGGACUCUGGCCACCCAUGGGCUGAUGGAACAGCACGUGUGGGAUGUGGCCAUCAGCCUGGCCACAGUGGUGGUGGCUGGACGUUUGCUGGAGCCCCUCUGGGGGGCCCUGGAGCUGCUCAUCUUCUUCUCAGUGGUGAACGUGUCUGUGGGGCUGCUGGGGGCCUUCGCCUACCUCCUCACCUACAUGGCUUCCUUCAACUUGGUCUACCUUUUCACUAUCCGCAUCCACGGAGCCCUGGGCUUCCUAGGUGGUGUCCUGGUGGCACUCAAGCAAACCAUGGGGGACUGCGUGGUCCUGCGUGUGCCGCAGGUGCGCGUCAGCGUGGUUCCCAUGCUGCUUUUGGGGCUGCUGCUGCUGUUGCGGCUGGCCACGCUGCUCCAGAGCCCAGCGCUGGCCUCCUAUGGCUUUGGGCUGCUCUCCAGCUGGGUGUAUCUUCGCUUCUACCAGCGCCAUAGCCGAGGCCGAGGGGAUAUGGCUGACCACUUUGCUUUUGCCACCUUCUUUCCUGAGAUCCUGCAGCCUGUGGUGGGGCUGUUGGCGAACUUGGUGCACGGCCUCCUGGUGAAGGUAAAGAUAUGCCAGAAGACAGUGAAGCGCUAUGAUGUAGGUGCCCCAUCUUCCAUCACCAUCAGCCUCCCAGGCACAGACCCUCAAGACGCAGAGCGGAGAAGGCAACUGGCCCUGAAGGCCCUCAAUGAGCGGCUGAAGAGAGUGGAGGACCAGUCCGUCUGGCCUAGCAUGGAUGACGAUGAAGAGGAGGCAGGGGCUAAGGUGGAUAGCCCCCUACCCUCAGACAAGGCUCCCACACUCCCAGGGAAGGCGGCUGCCCCAGAAUCCAGCCUGAUCACCUUCGAGGCAGCUCCCCCGAAGCUGUAACUCCAGACCACCCUGAGUAUAGCACCUCCUCUCCCAAGCCCCCCUUGACACCUCUCAGCUACUCCAGGGCACUGACUGCUCUGAGGAGAGGGAAGAAGGCCUGCUGGGGGUUUCCACAGCCUUCUGCUAUUUCUCGCCAACACUACCCAGGACUCUUGCUAUCUGGUUCCAACUCCAGACAACCACUAUGCCAGGCAUCAGCCAGCCCAGGCCAUCUGAGGUAAGACUGUACCUCAGCAGAGAGCCCCAAGCAGGUGGCUGCAGGGACACUGGUGCCACAGCUCCUGGGCCAACCCUUAUGCCUCAUACUGGUUGCCAAGAGCCCUGAGCCAAGGCAAGGAUUUGCCAAAAACAUUCUGGGGGUCCAGCCAGCGCAGGGCUGCAAUUCCCUGCCCACUCUCAGAAAGACUAUGUUCAUGUGAAGAUUUCUGAUUCCCUCUGCUGUGGUGGCUAUGGCUGCUUCUGGGCCAGAAGAGCCACAGCUCCCAAGUAUUUUCUACAGGACCACUUGAGUGGGCAGCCAUGCCCAGCCUCGCAGUUAUCAAUAAAGCAGUUCUUUGAGGUA